AUGCUGCCAGCCAGGGCACUCAGGGCAUGGCAGAGCCUCUCCCAGCGCAGGCCACGGGCCCUGGGGAGCAGAGCUCCGCACCUUUGCCUCCGACUGCUAUCAGAGCAGGGCCCCUCAGGGGCGCCAGGACGGGGCCGGGCCCAGGGCCCUGGGCUACGAACAAGGCUGCUCGUCACAGCUCUUUUUGGAGCUGGGCUUGGUGGGGCCUGGCUGACUGUCCGGUCUGAGAAGCAGCGGCAGCAGCAGCAAAGGCGGAUAGAAGCCCUGCGCCAGGCAGCAGUGGGUCAGGGUGACUUCCGCCUGGUGGACCACCGGGGCCAGUCCUGCUGCAAAGCUGACUUUCGGGGCCAGUGGGUGCUGAUGUACUUUGGCUUCACCCACUGCCCAGACAUCUGUCCGGAGGAGCUGGAGAAGCUGGUGCAGGUCGUGCAGCAGCUGGAGGCCCGGCCCAGCCUGCCACCCGUGCAGCCUGUCUUCAUCACCGUGGACCCUGAGCGUGAUGACGCAGCUGCCAUGGCCCGGUAUGUGCAGGACUUCCACCCACGGCUGCUGGGUCUCACUGGAUCUCCUGAGCAGGUAGCUCAGGUCUGUCGGAGCUACCGCGUCUACUACAGAGCUGGCCCUAAGGAUGAGGACCAGGACUACAUCGUGGACCACUCCAUCACCAUCUACCUGCUCAACCCUGAUGGCCUCUUCACCGACUACUACGGCCGCGCUAAGUCAGCUGAGCAGAUCACCGACAGCGUGCAGCGCCACAUGGCCACCUUCCAGAGUGUCCUGGGCUGA